GCCGGUUGAGGCUGUGCUGGGUAGGUGGGCGCAGACGGAGCGUCUACGGGUCGGGGCUGGGCUCAGCGCGCUGCGAACAAAGGAGUCUGCGGCGGUUCCCGGCUCCGCGGAGGACCAGAGCUUCGCGGGACUCCGAGGCUCCGCGGCUCCGGCUCGGCUUCACCUCGGCUCCACCGCGGGCGCCGCGGCACCUGCCGCCGAGUGCUGCCCAGGAGCCCGUCCCGCCCGGGGCUCGUGAUGGGGCUGAUCUUCGCUAAAUUGUGGAGCCUUUUCUGUAACCAAGAGCACAAAGUAAUCAUUGUGGGACUGGAUAAUGCCGGGAAAACCACAAUUCUGUAUCAGUUCUUAAUGAAUGAAGUAGUUCAUACUUCUCCAACCAUAGGAAGCAAUGUUGAAGAAAUAGUUGUGAAGAACACUCAUUUUCUUAUGUGGGAUAUUGGUGGUCAAGAGUCCUUGCGGUCAUCCUGGAACACCUAUUAUUCAAACACAGAGUUCAUCAUUCUUGUUGUCGAUAGCAUUGACAGGGAACGACUGGCUAUCACAAAAGAAGAAUUAUACAGAAUGUUGGCUCAUGAGGAUUUAAGGAAAGCUGCAGUUCUCAUCUUUGCAAAUAAACAGGAUAUGAAAGGGUGCAUGACGGCAGCUGAAAUCUCCAAAUACCUCACCCUUAGUUCAAUUAAGGACCACCCAUGGCACAUCCAGUCAUGCUGUGCACUAACAGGAGAAGGGUUAUGCCAAGGUCUAGAGUGGAUGACCUCCAGGAUUGGUGUGAGAUAAUUUUUUGCUUGAAAAAGACUUCUCUAUUUAUUCCGUGACAUGAACAUUUUUCCUAAUACCUUUGGCUGCUGAGGCAGCAGCAUGUUUAAUUUAUAACAACACAAACCUCUGAGCAACACUUGAAUCAAGUGCCGCUGUACUGGAACAUAAAGAUGUUUUCUUCCCUUUGUUUCAGAUGCACUAAUCUUCAGUCGGAUGAGCAUAAUGUGUAACUAACUAUGUUUGCAGCAACAGAACUCUUCUGACUGCCUAUUCUGAUUAUUCAGUGACUGCCUUGUAAACACUGUUUGUCAUAUAUUUCAUGUUAUCUGAAGUAUUGUUAUGUCCUUUACAUCCCAUUUCUUUCACUUCUUGGCCACUGCUCCCUUCUUCCCAGGUUCUUAGUGGUUUGACAGAGCAGUUGUAGGAAUGGUCAUGUACUACUUCUUCAGCGCUAAACAUUUGUUCUCUUCAAACCCUUUUUAUCUUUGGACAGAAUUAAUUACAAUGAUGAAAAUUACCUAGAAGCUGUGUGUGUGCGUGUGUGUGUGUGUGUGUGUGUGUGUAAAAGAGUGAACAUCAUGAAUACUUGCCUUUAAAUUUCCCUCACUUCAUUGCAUAUCAUAGUUUAAUUUUAAGUUGCUCUUUGCAUGGGAAUUAAGUAGUCCAUCUAUUUAUGUAAGGAACUAAAUUCACUUUUCUACCAACAAUAUUUGGUUAAAAACACUUGGUGAAGCAUGAAUUUGAAAGCCAGCUUCAAUGGGAAAUAUUACUAGCUCCAUUUGAUAGCUUAAGAUUUCCACUGUGUAUAUAACUGUCAGAAUUUAGUAAAACACACCAACAUGAAAUUAAGCUAGGACAUUUGGAAUAUGUUUUUCUAUCAGUUUGCUACCUGUUUUAUUGUCAACAAAAACUUCAGCUAUUUUGUCAGAGAUACCAUGCCUGCUUUGGGCAGCAGCCAAAGUGUAAACAAUCCUUUUUAUUUCUUGGGUUUGCAGUAGUAUCUGUCAGAGCAUCUUUAUCACCAGCAGUGUGUUACUGAAAGGCAAAAUAACAUGGCUUUUCUUUAAAUCUGGCUGAGGAUGAUGUGAAAGAGGCUUCAGACAAUCCCCCCCCUUUCCCCCUCACUUCCUCCCUUUGUAGGUAGACUUUGUGUCCUAAAAUCUUCUGGGGUACUGCUGAAUCUAACCCUAGCUUUUAGAAUAUUCCUAUAAGAAUCAAUGCUCAUAUUCGUUCUUGGUUGUUUUUUUUGUUUUGUUUUGUUUUGUUUUGAUACAUGAUUUCUCUAAAUAAUCCUUGGCCUGGAACUCACUAGGUUGACCAGGCUGUCAUAUACUUAGCAACACAAAUGCUUUUAUUGACUACAAAAAUGGAGGAAAAGGGCCUAAUGCAUCAGGCUUGCAGGGUGGUAUUAACGGUUCCCAAGGCAGUUGUCUGAGGUGAAAGUAAGAGUGACCCCUAAGGAAAAAGGGGACAAGUGUUGUCCUUACCCGUCUCUUUCACGUGUGUCAUUUGCUGUAUGAAAGGGAGAUAAUGUGUACUUAGGAACAGUUCCUCAUUUGCAGUAUUUUUUAUUUGGGGCAAAAUAAGUUUCAGUAUUUAUAAAUACCUGCUCAGAAUUGGUAUUUUAAUUUCAGGUGUUUUGUAUGUAAGUUUGCUCUCUUUUUCAGGUGUGCUCGUUUGUUUUAUUUAGUUAAUUUAGUUCAACUUGAUGAUACUUUUAUUUAGUGUUUGCACCCUUGAUCUGAGAAAGUGGCCAGAGGAAAAGUUUUCUGGGCUGUGGGAAAUGGUUUAAACUUUGAAUCUUUUUCUUAGUGAUUCUAUGCCAAGUAGAGGGUAAGUUUAAUUUUCUUGUGUGUUUUAUCAAAGGUGAGAGAGAAAAGCAGAUAUAAAUCAAUGUGGAUGGUGUUCGUUGGGUGGGGGGUGGGAACUAAGAAAAUACUAAUUACCUAAAGCACACUUUGCCUGAAUUUUACUUCGUUAUAUUGUUUACCAUAAAUAUAAAAAAAAUUCUCAUAAGUCUGUCUUGAGAUAAAACAUAUUUAAUGCCCCAAUAUUUCUUCUUAUGAAAUAAUUAUUUGUCUCCUUGUAUCUAAUAAGAUUGGCUGGUUCAAUUUUCUUCUGUCAGAUAAUAUGGUUAUUUUUAUAUUACCACAUCAGCAUUAUAUUAAAGUGUUUUUAAUAGUUGAUUAUAUUUUGUCAAACAGCUAUUAGUAUAGAUGCAGAUUUGCUAUUGAACUGUUAAAAGUACAGUUUAUUUUACUUCUACAUCCUUUUUUAAAAGCAAAUGAUUAGUUUGGAUUAGAAGCAAUGUCUGUUAGGCAUCUCAAUAUGAAAUCAGUAUUCAAGUAGACAUUGUGCCAUUGAUUGGGACAGGGUUCAUUAAAAAAUUAGGGGCUUUUGUCAGUCUUUUGGUUUACAGCAGCAAGAAACUAGUUAUCCUUUACUCCAAGAGAAUGUUUGGACCCAAACGAGUAUAUGAUGCUAAAGCAUUUGACUUGAAUGGUCACUGUCAAAUCAAACGGCCGUAAAAUAUUAUUUGAUGAAAAAAAUGUAAAAUUGUGAUGGUGCCUUUGUUGUUUUGAGCUGAGUUCUCAAUUUUUUACAUUGUUCUUUAGAGGUCACAUGAACAGCUGAUGAGAUGGAGGGGAGUGAUUUGUAUCUCACAUUCUCCUUUGUCUCCACAUGUUAUUUGGUAGAGUUUGUAGUAUACAGAAACCUCCCACACCUGCUUUAUACCUUCAGAAAAUAAUCUUUGUAUUUUUAAUUCAAAAAUGAAGAAAUUAAGCUUAUACAAAAUCUAUUCAAUAUGUUACAGCUAAA